AUGGAGGGCAGGAGGGACAUGUCCCCAGGUGAGGAGUCCAGCAAGGACUUGGAUUCCAACUCCCAUCACUCACCUGGGGAGCCGUCUACCUCUGCCCUUGCUACUCCAGGGGGCGCUGCUGAGACGGAGAGGAAGGCCAGAGAGAAGGACAGUGAAGAGGAGUGGGACGGAGAGAAAGGUGAAGAGUGGCAGCUGAAAGUGCAGGACAGAGGUCGAGGGCUGAUUAAGGAGUCUCUCCUCAAGUUUGGAAACGAACUUGGGGAGGACUCCGUAAAGGACAAAAAGAAGAAAAAGAAGAAAAAGAAAAACAUCGCCCGGCGUCAGCCUGAGACCUCUGUCAGGGGGUCUGGAGAUUCCACAGAGGAGGGUGAGUGCUCAAAUGCUGAGUAUAUGUACAAUGAUGAUGUUCAGGCCUUGCAGAAGCCUGGGGCCAGGGAUACUAACCCUGCAGGUGGCAACACCUGUAUGCCCCAGAAACCUGCACAACCUGCCUCUGUGGAAGUAUCUGGGCCCCCCGCCGCCCUCCAUGGUGACAGGGAGACCAUCCCCGCCGGUACUAUGGCGUGUACCGGUGAUCCCAUGGAGGGGUCCUUCCCUUGCUCCCUUCCCACUCCCUCCCUUACCUGCCUUCCCUCUGAUCUUCCUCUCCGUGUGGUUGCGUCCCCUGGAGUGGCUGGUACCUCUGCCUCCUGUCCUCAGGUGGCUGCUGGGCAGGAUGGCACUGGAUGGAGCAGUCUGGAGCAGGGUGAUGGCCCUCCUUUUCCCUCUGCUCCCUUGGAGCAAGCUCGACUGCUCUCCCCUACCAGCAAGUCUCCUCCCCUGUUUGUCCCCCAGUCUGUUUCCCUGGAUGUGUCCAAGUUUGUCUUCCAGUCUGUUCCCCCUGCUUCCCUAUGUGUUCCCCUUAUGUCUGCAUGUGUAACCAGUCCCCCUGUUGUUCCUGGUGCCCCGGGUGCCGCUGGCGCUAUGGAAGACAGGACUGCAGGGGACUCCCAUCAUCCUCAGCCAGCAGUCCAUACUGUGGAAACCGCCAGUGGAGGUAAGAAAAGUAUGACUAACAUUGUGUUUGACUCCACUGGUGGUUUAGGGAUGGCUGAGGAGGAUGGGAGUAUGGAUGUAACUGUAAAUGUAAUGAUGGGACCUAUUGGCCUUAGUAAAAAGGUCCACAGCCAGCCUGUUUGUAUUAAUGAUGUUGCCCCUGCCCCUGGUGUUGUUGCCCCUGCCCCUGGUGUUGUUGCCCCUGCCACCGGUACUAUUGCCCCUGGUGUUGUUGCCCCUGCCCCUGGUGUUGUUGCUCCUGCCUCUGGUUAUGUUGCCCCCGCCCCCGGUACUAUUGCCCCUGCCCCUGGUACUGUUUCCCCUGCCCCUAGUUAUGUUGCCCCCGCCUCAGGUUAUGUUGCCCCUGCCCCUGGUUCACUGGAGUUAGUUGGUACACAGGUGGCGGGCACGAGCACGGGCACAGGCACCCUGACAAAGGGUGCCGCGGUUAUAAAUAGUUUAGACGCACAAGCAGGUACACGGGUUCCCCUUAGGCACUCCCAGGUUGUCACCCAGGGUUCUGGUGUGACCGAGGCCUCUGGUUCAGCGAGGGGAGUCCGUCCGAAUCAUUCCCAGACGGCGGGUCCCGGUGCGCCCAAUGCUUGGGCAUCUGGGCCACCUCGCCUCUCUGCGGACGGGCCUGCUACGCGUCCUCAGGUUUCCUUUGGGAACAGGAGGAACGUGGUACGGCUCAUCUGUGGGGGUGAGACCCAGGUGCCUGACAGACGGUGGCUGGUGACCCGGCUAAAGGAUAUGGGAUUUGCGCCCGUGGACCUGUACGCGCUCAUCCAUGCCUCGGGCACCCGGGAGUUCGUCUCCUUUAUGACGUCGCAGCUCCUGGAUCGCUUCUGGGCUGGGUGGGAAGCGGCCAGGUCUGCACAGGGUACAAAGUGGGCAGGAUUCACCGCUGUGGCCAUUUCUCGCCAGGGUCUUAAGAAGGUCACUUUCCUGGUGAGAAAUGAAUCCAUCCCCAUAGCAGACAUCCUUGUUUGGACUAAGAGGUUUGGGGAUGUUAAAUCCCCCCCUGUUAAGAUCUUAGAUGAGGAUGGGAUUUGGACAGGCGGAUGGACUGUUUCAGUGUUGCUGCGGGAGAUUCGAGGUGUCACACAGCAUAUGCCUAAUAGUUUUUUCAUCGGGGCUGACCGGGUAUCCUGUUUUUACCCUGGUCAGCCCAGGGUAUGUCACAAGUGCGGAUCGUACAGGCAUUACAGCAAUGCCUGUACGGUCCUCAAAUGCACUAUGUGCGGCGCUGUGGGGCACCUCCGGGACAGCUGCAGGGAGAUCCGGUGUCAUCUGUGUUCAGAGAUGGGUCACACGUACCGCACCUGCCCCGAAGCCCAGCACAAUGUAGAGUCCAUCUGGAGUCAGGAGCCGGUGGAGAUGGACUCUGCUGGGUUAGGGGUUCAGGUAGCAUCGUCAUCUACAAGGCCCAUCUCUGGCACAGGGGUUUCCCUGCCCCAGCAACAACCCAUCCUCCCCUCGGUCUCUGUAACAUCUCAGGACCCUGGGAAGGCCACAAGUUCACGUCCCCUCACGAAAAGUGUACGUAGAGAACGCACUACCUCCACAGCCAUUAUGGCUCCCCCUAGACCCCCUCCCCCUAGGCCCCCCCCUCCUAAAUUCUCCACGGUGAAGGUUACCCCCACUGAAAAAUCCCCAGAUGCACGUCCCUUAGAUGCACAGUCCCUAGAGUGGAGCACGGUGAAAGGUAAGAAACCCCCCCCCUCCAAGACCUCGACGCUGCCCUCACCCCGGAAGAUCGCCAUACCCCCUGCGGCGAAACCCCCGAAAGGGGGAGACGCCACUUAUAAGGGUGGUGUGGCACGGGCGUCAUCCUCCUCUUCGGGCUUGCAGGAGGCCCCGGGGCCCGUAUCUAACAGGUACGAGGCACUGUCCUCCAGCUGGGCCGACUGUGAGUACGAGGAGGAGAUGGCAAACCUCCCCGAGGUGGUGGCAGGGGUUGAGGUGGGACAGGAGGUGCUUCUGAGAGACGACGGGCCACUGUAUCCCGGAGUCUCAGUGAAGAGGUUCCUCGGUUCCGACACGGAGGAGGAGGGGUACCGCAGAAGGAAGGGAAAGUCUCCUUAUACUUAA